UUCACUUUUUUUCCCCGCACUCUCUCUCCUCAAUCCUUAUCUUUCGACGUCUCUUCAUUUCUUCGAGAGUUAACAAAGAAUUAGGUGGUGAUCGGUGCAUGACGAGCGCAUCGGAACUCUUCUCAACUCGAAGAUCCCGUCCGGGUAGAUCCGACCCGGAUUUAGAAUCCGACUCUUCUCUUUAUCGACACCACUCACAUCACCAUCACCGCCGUCACGGGAUCCAUCAUCUUAAUCACCGUCAUGAUUCAAACGCCUGUGAUCCUCCCCGACGAGCCCCGCCGCGUCUCCGUCGCUUCUGUCACCAUCUUGGUCUCUCGGAACGUAGACCUGUUCAUGAUGUUCAAGGUACGUUACAGUAUUUGAAUACCAACGGUACCGAUUCGGAAACUGAAGGCAACAGCUUUGGAAACCUAGAGAGGCUUCCCGGAGCUGUUCUUCUCGCGAGGGAAAGACUUUUCGAAAGAUUGAGAGGCGUUUCUUUGUCUAGUAACAGUCGAAGCAACAGAGUUUCACUGAGUGAUAAUCAGAUUGAGUCCUCGUUCUAUGGAGAACCAGAAGGGAUUCAAGUGUCCCAUGAAUGCAACAAGAAACCAUUAGGUCUCACACAAGGUGCAAUUAAUGGUUUAAACCGGCAGACUUUUAGCUCAGCCGGCGAGGUUAGAACCGAGAGGAGAGAUUGUAGCAUAUGUUUAGAGAGUUUCACUAACGGCGACGUGCUUAUAUCCUUGCCAUGUACCCAUAGUUUCCAUUCCUCGUGCUUAAACCCUUGGCUUAAGGCUUGUGGAGAUUGCCCUUAUUGCCGUAGAGCCAUAGCUAAGGAUAGAGUGACAUGUAAAUAGGAACCUUCUCCUGACCAUACCCACACGCAUCUUCUGUUCUUGCUCUAGACAGGUCUUUCAGUUUUGUUGUGCAUUUGAAUGUUUUUUUCUCUGUCACAUGUUUGUUCUUGUAAUGGUUUUUGUGUGCCAUUGUGAGUCUUUUUAGUUUCUCUUUAUAAUGUCUUGUUGGUUA